UUACGUUUAAGCAAUAUUGAAUGUUGUAUUUAUAUUGAAAUUCAAAAUUGCCAUUAGCAUAUUUGAGACCCAAUCGAAUCGUAAAUAGAAAUGUGAAAACCCCUGCGGUAUGCCUUGUUACGCCACUGCCCACAUAGCCACAAGCACUACGGCAACGUUCAAGCCCUAUCGCUCCACCGCCGUAUGUACACUACAUACACAGCAGAACGCUACCAGCUAACAAUGAUCACAUCACCGUCGGCGCGCCACCAGGCAAGCCUGCAGCAGAUCGGGGAACAUACAUAAACGCGCCACGCGCGAUUCGCUCGAGAGCUCUCUCUUGAGUAGCAGGCCAACACGAUCGGUUUGAUGAAGCCGCAUGAUUGUGGCGUUAUCACGCAUACCAUCAUGACGGAGGGGAAAAACACCAGCCCGGUCGAGCCAGCUCUAGUUCAGCCACGACAGUCCCUACAGAUCACUCGAUCGCGUCGUAUGCGAGCAAAGAAGUAGUGGAGGUCCACCACGCGCGAUUCGUGCAGAGGAACGUUGUCACACCGACUUGAGAUUACCGUCCCAAAGUGGUACAAUUACCGACGCCACCGUGAACUCUACGAUGGGAUCUUGCGAGACGUCGAGAAACACCGGAUUCUAAACAUCGUAGCCAUUGUUCAUCGGAGGGUUGGUUCACCCGAGCGACGCUCAAACGGAGAAUCAUUUGGCUGGCGAGACAGAAGGGACAGCUAAACGGUUCCAGUCGGCACAUCCGAGCAUUCCUCACGGGCGUUCGACAGCGUGGUGUGAGCAGCAUCCUAGACACCACGGAGGAGAGGACGGCAGGACAAUAAGAUCGCCGUCGCUGCAUGCGAAGAGAAUUCUGGGCCACUGACGAACACACGCGCACACAUUGAAAACCCCUUCAUAGGGUGAGUAGUGCAACACUAUGGAAAAGAAAGCAUCUAUUAAACUGUCGCGCGACAGGGUUUUUUUUGUGUGUAUUACAGUGGUACGCGCAACACAACAAGGUGACACCCCAACGAUUGACUGGGUGCGAGUGUAGGCGACAACGCGGACGACGUCGAGCGUCGUGACUGUGGGGAGACUCGGUUUCGAACGGACGGGUGCGUCACUAGGAGGGGCGCCGAAGGGUCAGGCACCCACGGAAAUCCGCUACGGAAGCCGGUCAUCAGCGAGGCGGCGUGAAUGAGGAUUGCAGCGGCCACGAACUAUUUGUGAGACGAGUGAGGCAGUCCUGCACGACGGUCGACGUGUGAUUUUGAGGAGUGAACCGCCGCACCGUAGAGCACGCUCGUACGCCGCAUCGGUGACUGCGCUCCAUCGAGCGCUGGCGUCGAGUUGGCUGAUCACUUCGGGCCGUCCCGUGGCACCAGGAUGCAGUGUCCCCGGCAGUGGCAACGCUCCGUAACGAAGGUCUGUGAGUAAACCUGACUCCUUAGAAAUAAGCGCUUGGGAACUGUUUGUUAAGCGAAGGCAAGAUAGGAGAUAGGGCAAGGUCUAGGGGAUCGAUUUAUGUGAGGGGACAAUUGGGCCUAUAAUAUACGGACUUAAUAUGAUUCGAUUGGUGUUAUUUUGAUUUGUUGGUGCACAUGCCUUAGUGUAAGGGUUACUUUUCACCCCUUUUGUGAGCUAGCGGGGAAACUUCUAACACUGGCGCCCAACUCAAUAUCCCACAAUUUAAGCAUCACCAUAUAUUAAGUUAAGCGGCUUUUUUGAAGAUUUGUGGAUAGUCAAGCUCACAUUACAAUUUUGAGCACAUUUGGUUGGUUCGGAUUUGAUUUAGUUAAGUGGAACAAAAAUGGAUUUGACGCAUUUGAGUAACGAGGAAAUUGAUUACGAAUUAGCGCUUCGCUUCGUUGUCAACCUCGGACCUUCAACUCACAGGAACAAAGUCCUGAAGUUGAAAGAACUGAUGUCGCAGGAAGAUGAGACUUCCAUGCACAAUUCAGAACAUGUAAUGAGCUCCAGUACAAAUUUAGAAACCUGUCAAAACAAGAUCGGUGAGCUUAGAAAACUAGUUGAUGAAGCGAUCCUGAUAAAAGACACUUUUGUCAUCUCUCAACUACGUUCGCGACUUCUUCACUACGAUGCUAGACUGAAAAUCAUUCAGCCGCUCGCGCCAUUCGUGAGUACAAAGGAAACAUUGUGUGCUCUGGUCAAAGUGCUACUCAGUGAAGUGAAUAGUGCGAUAGUGCGUAUCGGGAAGAGAAGUGAUCGAAGCGACAGUGCAGUGACGAGUUUAACACCAUUCGGAGGGACAAUAGAGGAGAGAGAAGACCUGCAACGCCACCUCGCAUCGAAGCAAACCGAAGCCACAUCAUCACAGGGAGCGUAUUCUCUCCUGGAGUUCACAAACGGCGGACAACACCAGGAAGACAACACACGCGUCUCAACGGCACGGAAUACCAGCACAGGCGCAGUGCAUAAAGAACAGCUGGGCAGCGUGAGCUACACAGAAGGAGUUCCACCGUUGACAGUGAACAACAACCUCCAACGAGCCAACAGCAUGUUCGAGGAUCACGAGCCGCAGUUGUCAGCAACAAGUUCACCUGUGGUGAGCGGUCGGGGCAGAGGACUAGUGCCAAGAGGCCAACAUGACCGGCGAGACAGCAACAGAGGUAGAGGAAGAUCGACCAACACUUCAGCGGCAAACGACAGCCUAAAUGGAAAAGACCACAUACACGACCAGACGUUCAGGAACAUCAUCACCAACAAUGCCAGCCUGUACGCCGAUCUGGUAGAACGGCUAGCGCGAAGAGAGCAGUCUGUACGAACACAACCAACAGAACGAGCAGAAGACCGGAGAAUGAUGAAAGCAGUGCAUAACUGGCCGUUCAAAUUCCGAGGCGAGAAAGACACUACGUCCUUAAACAUAUUCCUCGAUAGGGUCGAAACAUUCGCCAAAUCAGAAGGGAUGAGCGACGGAACACUUCUUUCGUCAAUCAAACAUCUUCUUCAAGAUGACGCCUUAGACUGGUAUGCGCGUGCUAUGACACAACAAUCUCUCUAUUCAUGGCAGGCCUUCAAGAAGGAAAUAAGAAAAGAGUUCCUACCAGUUGGAUAUGCACAGAUACUACGACUGGAAGCCAGCUUCCGUUUUCAGGGCCAGCAUGAAUCGUUUGCCAAAUACUACCGAGACAUCGCAGCACUCUUUCGAUUCAUCUCGCCACCAAUGACGGAGGAGGAAAAGUUUUUCAUCGUCAAGAAAAACAUGAAUGCCGACUACGCGGCAAUAGUAACAGCGGCACGACCGAUGGACUUGCAUGAGAUGGUUGAAGUGUGCACAAGCUAUGACGAAACACGUAUGCUUCUUAAUAGGCAACGUAGAGUUCCAGUCCCGCACAACUCGUUGUUGGAGCCUAACUUCGCCACCCCAGUAGGUCCUGCAAAACAAUACCAACAAUCACAGCCGCCCCGAUAUCCGAGAGUCAACGCAGUAGAAUCUAUCGAGGGUAGCGAGAACACGUCGGCAGAUCAACAGUCCAUUUUGGCGUGCGAUGAAGAGGAAGCAGAAUGGCAAAGCAAGCUAGACCAGCUGAUACAACAAGUAAGUGCUUUGAAGGGUCAAUUCGAGCGAAAGCAACCGAAACAUUCGACUAACCAGACUCAAAACCAAAACAGAUCUUCGUUGAUUCAGCCAUCGGGGCUGUCGCAUAGUGCGCGUAUUCAAUCAAGUCCUCAACAUCAACGGUGGCAAUCGGAGCAGCAACAGGAAGGCUGGCAGCAAGAUAGAACACGAGCACAUCCGGCGAAUCCACCAGCGCCAUCGCAACACCUACAGGAAGCGCAGCAUCAACAACCGUGGCCUCAGUCGCAGCAGUUUCCCGUUUGGCAACAGCGGUCUUAUGCAAAUCAGAGUCCAUCACUACAAAUACAGAGCAGCAGACAGCAGCUAAGCAGUGCUGACGCGCGCAUAGCAAUGAACUGUUGGAACUGUGAUGAAGAAGGACAUCGCUUCAUGGACUGUCCAAAACCGCAAGCGAUCCUCUUUUGUUACCGUUGUGGCAGGAAAGGAUACUCUUUACGCAGCUGUUUCACAUGCCGCACUGACGCGGGAAACCAGCAAGCGGGGAACCAACAAUAGAGGGAACGGAUUCUC